UCAGGAACCACGCGUCGCUACAGCUGUUUCUUAGGGAAGUAUUUUCCCGCUGACACCGCGCUCUAUUUGAAGAGAAGUCCCAGGACGGGGGACAAUUUAUUGGUUGCACCAGCUCAACCUGCGAAGAUGGAACGUGACCGUGGUAGACACCGCAGGGGGGGUGGCGGCAGGAGGCCGUAUCGGGGCCGUGGCUCGGGAGGUGACCGGGAGUACGUGCAUAGAGGGCAGAGGGGACCAGUCCGCGAGCGCACGGCACCCCCUGAGGCCGAGAAGCAGGAUGUGGAGGAUGCUGGUGAGACCCAAGAAGUGAACAAUGAGCAGUCUACUGGAUUCUCUAAGAGAAAGAUACUUUCCAACUGGGAUCGCUAUGAAGCUACAGAAAAAAAGGCAGAUAAUGAAGUGUUGCAGCGUGGGACAGAUUACAACGUCCUACUCAGCUCUGCAGGAGAUUCCUUCACCCAGUUCCGGUUUGCGGAUGAGAAGGAGUGGGGUGCUGAGAGUGGGAGCAGUACAAAGGAUUCCUUGGUUUAUCUGGAUAGCCAGGGUCUUAUAAGCGCUCUGCAGGAAUUGCCUCUCCACCUCAGACUGAAUGUGGAAGCUGAUCUUGUUCAGGAGGAAUUGCCUCAAGAGCUUCCACAGAUGACACUAAAGAGUGGAUCAAACAUGGCACAAGCUUACAUUGUGCAGAAAAGUUCUCCAACUAUUGGGGCAGCAACUCAAGAGUCAGAUCCUCUAUCAAAAGACAAAUCUUCCAAUAAUCCCUCUCUGCCGGGCCUGGAUGAGGAACUGGACUUCCUGCUUAAGCUGGAGGCACCUGUCAGAGAAGGAAUGGUGGAAUUUCCUGAUCAAGUCCAAGAGCAUGACCAGCAGUUGUCGCUUGAAGAGCCUACAACCCCUACCUUGACAGAUGAUGUCUGCUUAGCUGCUGAGGAGAAGCACCAAGCUGUAACUCCUGAGGAUCUGGAAGACUGGCUGGACAGUAUGAUUGCCUGAUGACAGGCAGCCACAGCAGAAUUGUGACUUAAGCCACAGCAAGCUGACUGCGCCUGGGAAUUAGGACUGUGUGUCUACCGAAAAUAAGUCUGCCCUGCCUUUUACGUAGUGAUUAGUUGGCUUUAUAUAUCAUGGGAUAUU